AUGUCUAAUACCUCCAAUACCUCUGUAAUAUCUUCCCAAGACCCCAGCUCACAGCUGCUACUCGAAGCGCUCAAGAUCAACGCCGAAGCAAACCGAGUAAACGCCCAAGCUAUUGCCCACCUAGCUGUCAACGCACCAAACCUUCCUUCAAGCUCUUCGGAUCCCAAAGAUCGAGGCUCACAGCUACUGGAAGCACUCAAAAUCAACGCCGAAAUAACCCGCGUGAGCGCUCAAACUCUCGCUCACCUAGCCUACCAUGGACCAAUGCCUUCUGUUAGCGCCCCCGACCCGAAACCAGCACCAUCGCCCGAACCAAAGUCCACCGCUAAACCCGCGCAAUUCGUGAUAAAUGAGCGCGUCGGCAAAAUUACAACCGCUGAGUGGGAUGCUCUUGGUAGUGAGAAGAUUGCAUUGCUCGUCGUGAUCCUCCGCGGGAUUGCCGAUGAUGUUGCUAUAGCUGGUAUUUCGUGGGAGGCGAUUGGCAACAUCAUCCAGAGACGGCUUGUGGGGUUUGGAUUCGUAUUUCUGAAGCGAGAUGAAAUGAAUGUUAGGGACAAUUGGGGGAGGCUAUAA